AUGAAAUUACUGUCCGCUUCUUUAGCCAUUGCCUUGGCUUCUACCACGGUGGUCAAUGCUGCUCCUACAGUGGCCUCAAAUGAAGUUGUCAAAAGAGAGCAAGUGGAUGAGCUCCAUAGUGCAAUUGCUGAGCUCCAAAAUUAUCGCGAAAAGAGAGAUCAGCUUGAAGGUGAUAUUGCCAAGCGUGAGUACCAGAUAGUAACCAAUAUCUUGAGUGCUCUUAAUGACACUGGAAUUGUGCCCAAGGUUCUUUCCUACGCUGUAUCGAACCAGACCUUACAGCCAAUUCUCAUCAAUGCCGUGGUUGGAGUUUUGAAAUCUGGUAUUAUCAACUUACAGGCGGUGUUUGAUGUGUUGGACAAGUCAAAUCUCGUUUACGACGUUAUCGAGGGUCUUAUUUCCGACUGUACUUUCUACGAAUCGCUCUUCAAGGUUGCAGAAACCGUCAUUGGCGAUUUGCUCGGCAAGGUUACUAGCGGUGCCAAACGUGAAAUAGACCUUAAUGAGGUUAGAGCGCUCAUGGACAGUGAAACUUAUGACUUUGAGUUUGAAGCCGUGGACAAGAGAGAUCUCUCCGACGUUGUGGUUAAUAUUCUCGGGUCAUUGUCGGACUCUGGGUUGGCCACCUCGGUUGUCAAGGCGGUUCUCAACGACCCCAACUUUCUCAGUUUUGGUGCUGCGUUGGUGAAAGCCGUGGUUCAAAGUGGAGCUUUGCCAUUAAGUGAAAUCAUCAAUGCCAUCAAACAGUCCAAUUUUGUGGGAGACUUGUUGAAACAACUUUUGACUCUUAACAAUGGUAAGACUAUUGUGACAAAUUUGUUCGCUGCAUACUCUGGAAAAUGUUCUUCCUCAGGCUACACUCCAUCUACAUCUUCAAACUCCACCUCGCUGGGUUUGGGAUUGGGUGGACUUGCUAGUGGUCUUUUGGGAGGACUUCUUGGUGGAAGUGACACCAGCCCUACCACAACUGCAAAAGUAGUGGCCCUGAGCACAGCUUACGCAGGAACUCCAGUUGCAGCCCCCACUUCGCCAGCAGCUACAGUAGACCCAUGUGUUAAGAGAGUCAAGAGAAGGGUCAGAAGAAGAUCAUACAACUACUAA